AUGGCUACGCGGCCUCGCUCGCUCGACGUCUUGUUCGAGUUCGACGCGCCGCAGACGUUCACGGACCUUACCGCAACUUUGUUCCCUCUCCCGCCCGCUGAGACACACGACGUCUGGUUCGACGAGGUGCACGAGCAACAUAGCAGACCCAGUGUCGAGUUGGCGCGUGAAGUUGCGGAGGUCGUGCGAACGUUGCAGGAGAAGGAGCAGCAACAUAAGCCCGCGACAAAAAAGGACGCCUCUCGAAUACAAGACUGUGACCGAAACAACAACGAGAACGCCGGGCGUUCGAAUCGUCGACGCGGCGCAACUAGUGUGGUCCACGUGAAGCAGCUUGAACCCACCCGAAAUCAGGCACUGCACCUUCCACGAGCCAAUGACAAGCCACCGGCCGUGCAAAAGGACGUCCCGCCAGCAUCUCGAGCUGCAGUGGCUCUGGCUCGACGCCGGAAACCGCUUGUGGAUGCCCGUAGUCGACUGAAUGCGGGGAACCAGAGGACGGAGCCGAGUGAGAGGAAGGAGAUGCGGGACUUGCAGGAGCUGCUGAAGCGACACAAUAAGAAGUUCAAGGCCAGUCACACGUACGAGCCGCCGCGUCAUUCCGUGCGGGACGUGAAGCAGUGGGAGCGCGAGAUGGGCAAGAGUUAUUACGCGUUGUCGGCACAAGAGCGGGUCGAGGCGAACAAGGAGAUUGCAGUGUGGAAGCAGCAGCAAGAUGAGAAGAGACGCUAG